GACACUGCUGUCCGCGAACGCUCGAACAGGACAGGACUUCUAUUCGUCGGCCUCUCUGUUUAGUUACCUCGGCUCUGGCUUUCACCUCUCAACGCGAUGGAUACAAUGGACACAGAAGCUCUUCUCGGGAUGUCCUUGGAUGAGAUGCUCGCAGCAAAGCCGAAGAAAAAAGUUGACAGAGGAGGCCGAGGCGGGAAAGUGAGGAACACCGGCCGAGCCUCUCGACAACAGCAAACCCAACCAUACCGUCAACCUGCUCCAAAGGGUUCUGUAGGAGGGGGGUCUAACAACAGAGUUUACGUCGGCAAUUUGGCGUGGACCGUGACGUGGAAGGAGCUGAAGGAUCUGAUGGGCACAUGCGGCCCCUGCAAGGCUGAAGUCCCAUGCGGUGCAGACGGGAGGUCGAGGGGCUACGGGUUGGUGACAUUCACUUCUGCUGCCGGUGCCAGCGAUGCAAUCGACAGGCUUCAGGACACCGACCUGAUGGGGCGCCCGAUCUACCUGAGGGAGGACCGUGAGGAGCAAGGCUUUGGUGGUGGCGGCGGAUUCGGUGGCGGGGGCGGGGGCGGGGGCGGGGGCUUCAAUGGCGGGGGCAAUGCCAACUGCAAGGUGUUCGUGAGCAACCUGGCAUACGACGUCCAGUGGCAAGAUCUCAAAGACCACAUGAAAAACGCCGGCUCGGUGAUUAGGGCCGAUGUUUUUGUCGGCCCCGACGGUCGCAGCAAAGGACUCGGAACCGUGGAGUUCUCCAAGCCCUACGAGGCAAGGAAUGCUAUCAGCCAGCUCAGCGAAACUGAGCUCAUGGGCCGGCCAAUCCAAGUUAGGGAAGAACGAGGAGAUGCUGGAAAUCAUGGACGCGGAGUGGGCGGGGCUGCUGGUGCCAAGGUUUAUGUUGGCAACUUGAGCUGGGAAUGCCAAUGGCAAGACCUGAAGGAUCACAUGAGAGCGGCCGGCAGCGUAAAGUUCGUCGAUUUGUUCCAAGAGCCUGGCGGCAGGUCCAAGGGAUGUGCCGUGGUGGAGUACGAAACGCCUCAAGAAGCGCACAGCGCCAUUCGGGACCUACACGACACAGAGCUCUUGGGGCGUCUGAUUUUCGUGAGGGAGGACCGUGAAGAGGGACCCAUCGGUAGCAAACGAAUCGGUCAGCUGCAUGAAGGGGCAGAGGGACGUCAGGUUCAUGUUUCAAACGUGAGCUGGGAGACGGGGUGGCAGAGCCUCAAGGACCACUUCAAGCAAUGUGGAAGGGUGCAAUUCGUGGAGAUCCCCGAGGACGCACAAGGCCGCUCGAAAGGAUAUGCAACCGUGCGCUUCGGAUCGGAACAAGAUGCUGCUGAUGCCAUCAACCAGCUCGACGGCACCGACCUUGAUGGACGCCGCAUUGGUGUUCGCGAAGACAACCGGCCCUACUAA